CCGGUAAGCGGAUGAAUAUCUUAAUUAAAUGUUGUGCGGUCACAGGUGCGUGCUCGUGCUGCUUCAGACACUGAGCUUUGAGAGGACAGGACGACAAGAUGCCGUCGAGGAAGGCAAAAAACACAGGAAAUGCGCAGAUUAAAGAACGGCUGAGCCGGGAGAUGCGAGACAGCAGACUGACUCUCUUCAUUCAGCAGUUUGAGAAAGAAGCACAAGAGCGUAUGAACGAGUUAGAAGCCAAACUGGAGAACAUGCUGGCAACGGUGGACAAGGUCUUCAAAGUGGAACUGAUGAAGUUGCCUCCUUCUCUUCAAAACACGCGCAUUGGGGACCUAAUAAGCGAGGAGGACUCUUCAGCAAGUGAGGUGACGAUAGCCAUGAAGAACGAGUCCCUUGAGAUGCAGCAGCCCCUCAGGAGGGCACACAGCAAAAGAGUCAAAUCAACGGAUUCUUCCCCCGGUCAGUCCUCCCUGGGUCAGAAGUCAUCCAAGACCUCCAAGGGAGCAAAGGGGACAAAAAGGACCGGAAAAUUAGUUGGUAGUAACAGCACUGGAAAUCUCAGGAUCUCAAUCGAUGCCAAAAGAACUCAAAGCCUCUCGACCAAGAACGACCAGGCUAGACCGUCCUCUCUGAGACUCAGGUCUGUCGUCUCUGCUGGUGAUCUGCACUGUUCAAUGGCCGGCUCUGCUGCACACAUCACUGUUACCACAGCGCGGGGACAGACGCUCUCCUUUUCUGACGAGAAGCAGGAUGAAAUUAACUUUGACCUAAUGGAUGACGUGGCCUGGUGCCAGAUUCAGAAGCUCACGAGUCUGAUGGACCAUCUGUCCAGACGAAGUCGCGGCGACCAAGACAUUUCUCCAGUUGGGAAUUGAUUACAUUUAAAAUGUUUUAUAUUAUAAAACAAGUUAAUUGUUUUUUAAAAGUAAAUAAAGCUUAUUUGUAUUUUCCUA